AUGGCCCCCGGGUGCGACUACGGGUUGCAGUUUCUCUACAGUGCAGUAAUGGUGGCAGGGAAGCACACGCCACAUCGCUCGUCAUUAAUUGACACGAGUAUGGAGGACAUCAUGGUGGCUUUCUUUCGCCUUGCUAAUCUCGAGAAAACCAGGUUCCCGCUGCAGUGGUACGCAAUAGAGACUGCGUUAAGACGGUCGCAUGCAAGAGCCAUCCAAAUGGCGCUUAGAAGGCAGCAAGCAGAUCAACAAGACUAUGAAAACGAUCCUGAUCGAGAGAAACCCCUCGACUUGACGGUUCCUGAGUACACUUGGAUGCUGGGGCAGCAGACGCGCGACGCGGAGUGGUUCUUCGACGGAAAUACCUUUCAUAAGAGAGGCGAAUUCACCAUACCAGACAAACUCACCGAUCAUGAUAUCGGGUUUUUCAAGAGUUUGCCAUAUAAUAUCGUGCGCGUAGCUAGAGGGAUUGAAAGAGAAACACCAACAAAGAGCGUCGCACACCUCAUUGAAGAACUGCGGCAACGAGGUGUACGGACAGCCCACGAUUUCUUCGCGAAGACGAACUUCCUUGAUCUUCUGUUUUCAACCAGCGUAAUCGAUGAAACUCUUAUUCAAAUCGACAUUUUAUCCGAAUAUAUUUCUAAUUGGCAAGCAUUUAAAGCAAACGAACUCAAACCACCGUCAAUUCCUCUAGGAAAUGGCUUACCCGAUCUGCUUCAGACGUUGACAAGCAAAAAGACCACCAAGGAGAAAUAUCCAAAAUGCCCAACAAUGAAGUGCUACCUUGAGAGUGUGUGGCACCAGAGAUCAGAACAUCCUAUUGAUAAGGAAGAUAAUAAGCAAAAGGACGGAAAUGAAGAGAAGAAGAAAGAGCCAUCAAGCGAACCUUUUGCAGAACUGCUUAUCAAGAAAACCACCGCAAACUCCCUUAAAGUUGUUGCCAUUGGUAACACCGGCCAAGCCAAAUACGAAAAGAGUAAAGGCGUCAUGGGACGCAUUAAGAGCGCCCUUAAGUUAAAUGAACUUGAAGAAACUGUGAAUGCAAUGAAGAUCUGGCACGAAAAGGAAGGAGUCGAUGUUGCCCUAGGACUUGGUGAUUUCCUUCAACCCCCAGGCAUCCUCUCUGUUAGGGAACCCGGCUUCAAGGAGAAAUGGCAUGACAUUUUUGUUAAGGAAGCGGGGCUAGAUAUUCCCUGGUACAUGGUGAACGGGGAGGCGGAGAGUACGAUUAGCAGCUCGGCACCGUAUCGCUACCAUUAUACACGUCAAGAUGCUAACUUCCACAACCCCAACUGGCUGUACAAGUCAGUUAUUACUAUGGUGGCAAACCUAACGACUGCAACUGGCGGCACAGAAGAUCAGGAGUUUACUGUUCACGUUAUUUCUAUCGACACUUGGGCACUUUUCGGAGGAACCCCAUUCUACGACAACCUGGGCCAGUAUCAGAACAACAUGAUAGCACUCAGCAACGCAUUGUACCACUCUGCGAAAGCAAAGGCAGAUUGGAUCAUAGUGCAAGGCCACCAUCCGUUGACGUCGACCGGGCCUGAGGCAGAGGAGGCGCGUCUUACAUACAUAGACGACAUGGUGAAGUCGAGUCGACCUCGAGGACCUGAGCACCGUCUGGUAGAUCUUUUGACUUCUUACCAAGUUGACGCAUAUAUAUCUGGGCACGACAACGUGCUGGAGUAUGUCUCGAUGGCGGACUUGGACAAGAACAGCACUCUCGCAUUCAUUACCAGUGGCGGAGGCACGCGCAUCAUGAGCGGCAUCUUGGGUCGCGGCUGGUUGGGGAGACUUCGAGGAAGGCUGUUCCCUCUGCUCUGCUGGUCAGGCAAACGCAUCUUCUACAAACUCGACCCCGGUGGCUGCAAGCCCUCGGAGAAGGACCAGGCGUUGGCAUACAAGUUCUAUGCUCCUCAGGGACCUAACUGGAAGAUUACUGUGAAAGAGAGGAUCUUGAACACCACAGGGUUCGCCAGUAUGAAAUUUACGAAAGACUUCCUCAUUGUUGACUUCGUCAGCAGCGGCAGCGGCAAGCCUACCGGGCGUAGGCUCCACAAGCAAACAAACAAAGCAGCUCGUGCUGUGAAGUUCGCUGAUUUCUGGGAGGAGGCGGACUUGAAACUGAAGGAAUUGAACAUCGAUCAUGAGGCUUUCGAAGAAGAAAACAGAGAACGUGUUGCCAGUGAAAUCGCCUUCCAGACCCGCACACCUAUCUUGGCCGAGCGACUGCGUCUGUUUGAGAGGGAACUGAUGGACAUGUACAAUGAAUAUCAGCAUUUGAAGUCUAAGAAGGCGAUGUACGAGACGAUGAAUGCUCAGAAAGCAGCAGCUCUAGAGGCUCAAGGGGAGAAUCUCAGGGAGUCAGAAUUGAGUGAAGGAAUGUAUGAACAGACGGAGCGCAUAAUCGAACUAAUGUAUGUCAUCGCAUCGCACCAUGGAUACAUGUGGGAAAGAUAUGAGGACCUGAAGGCGCAGAGGAAGAAGCUGCCACCUCACGACGGAAAGCACGCAGAGGCUCUGUUGAAGCUUGAGAAGAAACUGGUGGAAGUAAUGAGACAACGAAGGGAAUUGAACAAGAAAUAUGUUGAUCAGGGCAACCACCCAACAGUAGCAGACAUGGAGCAAAUCAAAGAUUAUGCCAUUAAGUCGCGUAUCUUGAAACGGGACAUCAAGGAAUUUGAACAGGUAAUGAAGGAAGAGGAGAAGGCUGAAGGAGGAGAAGAAAAGGAAGGAGAGGAGAAGAAGGACGGGGACCCAAGCAAAACAGACACACAGAAAGAUGCAGAAGAGCCUGAAAUAAAGCCUCUGGAUCAAAGCAUAGAGGCAAGAUUAGGGAGGAAGCAACUUCAAUUAAAGGAGCAUGAGAGAGUUAUGGCGAAUAUAAAUGCAUUACCUGCAACAGAAAAGGAGAAAUUAAAGGAAGAUAUAGGUAUGCUGGAGCGACAACAUGAGCGUCUACGUGCAGAAGUUGAUCGUCUUAAUGGUAUAUUGAAUAGGAAAUAUUGGGCUGCAGAUAGACGACCUUCUGAAUUAUGGGAAAAAAGACUACAGAAACACGACCUAGAACAGACACUAGCCCAAUUAGAGGCAUACAAGGAUUCAAUAUUAAUGUUACCAAAGGUACAACGUAGAACAAAAGACCUAAAUGAUGCAGUAGCUAGUAUAGACCUACAAAAGAUAGAUAUAGAGGAGCAAUUAUUGGAAUUAUCUGAUGAAUUAUAUAAUACAACAGCAACAGUAUUGCAAGAACAAUUCAUACAACAAUUAGAUAAAUUACGUGAGGUUUCCUUGUUAGUAGAUAGUCGUAAUACUAUGCCUCCUGAGGCAUUACAGGAUCCAGAGAUACAGAAAAGUCUAGAUGAGGCAAAAGAGGCACUAGAAUUACUGCAGCAAGAAGUAGAUGCAGCAGAUGAGGCAUUACGUAAGGAAUUAAAUGAUCAAGAUGAGUCAUGGAUAAGAAGAAUGAUUAUUCGUGGUGUAGAUAUGAGACAAUUAGCAGAAGAAUUCUCUAUUGAUGUAGAUACAGUUAUACAAGAAGAUAUUAAGGAAAGAAAAGAUAAUCCUUAUAAACAACUUGCAUGGGUACAAGAACAAAUAGCAAUAUUUAAUGAUAGAUUACAUAAUAUAUUAAGUUUACCCCAAGAAAGACAAGAAAAACUUACUGCAGAUAAAGAAAAAACAGAAACAAGAUUAGCUGAACUUAGGAAACUUGAGGAAGAAGCACAGAAAGCUAUUGAACUCAGGGAAACAGCAGCAAAUGCAGCAGCAGCAGCAGCAGCAACAACAACAACAACAACAACAGCAGAAGGAGAGAAGGAUACAAUAGGAGAAAAUACAGUAAUUGGUGAUAAAAAAGACAAAGAAAUACAAGAAAGGGAAGAAGAAGAAGAAGAAGAAGAUAAUAAUACUACUACUACAACUCCUUCUCCUGUUUCUCCUUCUUCCUCACAAGACAACUCUCAAGAACAGCAGCAAGAACAGCAGCAGCAAAAACAGCAACAGGAGCAAGAACAGGAGGAGGAAGAAGAGAUUGUGCCAAUGAUAGAUGAUGAUGAAUCUGUCUUAUCCACAGCAGCAACAGGAGAAUCAUCAUCAUCAUCAGCAGCAGCAAAAGAAACAGGAACAACAACACCAACAACAACAACAGAAACAGAAACACCAGCAGCAGCAGCAGCAGCAGCAGCAGCAGCAGCAAGAGCAGCAGCAGGAGAAUUAUCUUCAUCAUCAGUAGGAGGAGAAAUAGAUGAAGAUGAUGAAGAUUUAAAGUUUGAAGAUUUACGAUUUUCUUCUUCGUCAUCAGCAGGAGAAGAAGGACAAGAAACAAGAAGAUUAUCAGCUACUACUCCUCCUCCUCCUCCUCCUCCUUCUUCUUCUUCUUCCUCCUCCUCCUCCUCUUCCUUUUCUUCUUCUUCUUCGCCACCAAGAGAAAAAGGACAAGAAAGAAGAAGAUUAGCAGCAAUAAUGGAUUGGUUUCAGCCUAAGAAAGAAGAAAGCCCCGUAAAAGAAUUACCUUCUAUAGAUUUAGGUCCUAAGGAUCCAUGCGAAGGGGAACCAAUGUUAUAUAUUAUA